AGGUGACGUCUGCUCUCCAGCGGUAAUUUCACCUCGGAAACUCUGCUUCAUUCGGAUUGUGUGACCAACUGGGUUUUUGUCUCUGGAUAGUUCCAUCUGAGGUUUCAAAAUGUUCGGGCACAACCAAGGAAACCAGAACCCUCCUGGUUACCCAAACCACCCUCAGCAGAUGCCGGGGGGAUACCCUCAACAUCCCCCAGGCUCCGCACCGCCAAUGAACCCUCAACAUCCUCAAGGUCCAUACGGGGGCCAACACGGACCCGGACCUGGUUAUGGUCCCGGACCAGGCCAGGGGCAUGGACCGGGCCAGGGCUACGGACAAGGCCAGGGCCAGGGUCACGGCCAGGGUCACGGACAGGAACAUGGCCAUGGUCACGGCCACGGACAGGAACACGACCAGGGCCACGGCCACGGCCAGGGUCCCGACCAGGGUCACGGCCAGGGUCACGACCAGGGUCACUGCAAGGGUCACGGCCAGGGUCACGGCCAGGGUCACGGCCAGGGUCACGGCCAUGGACAGGGACACGACCAGGGCCACGGACAGUGCCAGGGUCACUGCAAGGGUCACGGCCAUGGUCACAAGCAUAAGGAUGGUCACAAGCAUGACAAGUGUCACAAGAAAGGAAAGGACUGUCACGGGGCCUCCAGCAGCUCCUGCAGCAGCGACUCCGACUAGACGGAGACUCCCGGAGAGGAGGAGAAACACCUUGAAACCUUCAUCUUCCAAACAAAUGUCACAAUCAAAAAGUCACUCCCUGAUUGUCUCUUCUUCUUCAAUGUGAUCAGAGUCUCUGAGUCUCUCACCUGACAGGCAUCCAGCAUCCGUCAAAUCAUUUUAUAGGUCAGCAUAUCACGACUCGUCGAUAUGGUUUGAUGCAGUUUACGCAUUGACUAUCAUUUUUAUAUAACUUUGGUGUAAGAUAUACGUUGCAGGCGUUAUUACAUAUCAUGAUGGUGUUAGGGAGAAAAUAAAGUCAAAGUGCUGUCUGUGUAUGAUUCAUGCUAUUAAAGUAAUGAUGCACUGUA